CCAGUCCUUUGUUUUGAAACAUAUGGUUAGAAAAAUAAACAGAAUUAUAAUUCGUAUAAUGUAAAUAGUGUUACAAUGGGCAAUCAAUUUAAAAACGUGGCUAUCAUUGCUUGUAUAAAAUCUUUUCUCUUUAUUUUUAAUUUAAUAUUUUGGCUUACGGGCUUACUUAUACUGGUCGUGGGUCUGUGGGCGGAGUUUGAUCUGUACAAGUACAUGGAAUUAUCGCCAGAUUUUUCUGGCACAGCUCCUCAUGUCAUCAUCGGAAUAUCUGGCCUCAUAGUCGUUAUCAGCUCUGUGGCAUUCUCCUGCAUUAUUAAAGGCCAACCCGUCUUGUUAUACAUUUACGGUGGUUUCUUAGUUUGUAUCUUCAUGAUGGAACUCGGCGUUUGUGCAUCGGUAGUGUGCUAUAAAGGUACAUUUUCGAAGGGAUUGCACGAUGGUUUAACACAGUCGGUGAAAAAUUAUGAUCGGGAAAAGGCCAAUUUCGACUUUGCUCAGUCUACGUUACACUGUUGCGGUGUUUCCAACUAUACUGACUGGAUGGUAAUGUCACCACAACGCGUGAUCCCGACUUCUUGUUGCCUGGACACGAGUCACUGUGUCACCGCCAAUUACAACGACGUCUACCAAACGGGUUGCUACGAGGUAAUAAGUGAUUACUUAAGAAGAAAUAUGAACAUAUUGAUAGGCAUUGCUAUCGGAACGUCGGUUUUGCCUCUCGUUGGUGCUAUACUGUCCUGUUCUUUGGCAAGUUACAUAAAAAAAUCCAAAUAUGAUAUGAUCAACUAGUGGUUUCUGACUCAUCAAAUCGGACACGAUCUCAAAUUCAAUUCUUCUUGACUGAAUCUUCUACAUAUAUUUUAUCUCGUCUUUAUCCUCUUUAACGUUUUAAAUGUGUAUUAUAAUCGAAAUUAUUGUAGCUUAAAAAAUGUAUAAAAA